CUCCUCUUCUCUACUAUACUUCUCCACAAUCGCCCCUCACCGCCGUCCUAAGCGCAAGAACGUGUUUUGCCUCGAGCAGAACCGUUCUCCGUCGCCGCUCCAAAUGCCAACCCUCUCUCCUCCACCCUUCACCCUCCUCACCCACCCUCCCUCCCUCCCCAUCCCCAUCCCCAGAUCCGGCCCCCUCCUCCUCUCCGGCCUCGUCCGCUCUCCGCCCUUCCUCACCCUCGUCGCCUCUCUUCUCUCCGUCGUUGCCGCCUUCGCAAUCCCCUACUCGCGCUACCUCUUCUCCGCGUCCUUCUCCUGGGCGUCCUUCUGCUUGGCCACUUUCCUCCCCAUCGACCGCUUCCUGAUCCGCUCUGAUACCCAGCUCAAGUACAGACGCAUCGAUGUCGUCAUCUGCUCUACUUGCAUGGUCCUCAGCAUUGUCUGCGCCAGUUUGCUCGGCGAACGUGGCAACGGUCUCUCUUCCGUCCUCAUUCCCUUCCUCGUCCACAUCCUCCGCUUCCAGUACAUGUCUCCUCCCUCCCUCCCCACCCAGCACGAGAAAAACCUCUCCCAGCUGAUCGCCGCAAACAUAGACAUGACCACCCUCGUCUUCAUCACCUUCACCUCCUUCCUCGCCCUCGCCCCCUCCUACCCCGGCGCAUCCCAGCUCGUGUUUGGCAUGUGCUCCAGCAUCUUCGCCGCAACCUACCUCUCCAUCUCCGACAUCAGCAUCCCUCUCACCCGCUCCGUCCUCCGCGAGAUAUCGGCCUACACCUGCCUAGGAUUGCUGCUCAUGUCCCUCCUCCUCGACGGCUGGGCGGGCUGGCUUGAACUCGGCUCGUCCGACGGACUGGCAUACAUGAUGGUCCUCUGGUCCUUCCUCUCGGCUGUCAAAAACAUAAUCAUCAUGAUCCUCAUUCAAAACCUCUCCCCCAUCAACGCCUCCUUCGUCGACCUCAUCGGCAACCUCAGCACAACCCUCUACUCCCCCGCCGUCUGGAAAAUCAGCGCAAUGUGCAUCUCCUACAUGGCCAUCGCCAGCACCCUUCUCCCGCACCACAUUGGCGAGAAACGCGUGCGGUUUCUAAAGAUCCGCGUCAGCAAAUUCAUCACCCUCGUCAUCGCGCUCUUCCUCGCCGGCUUUGGCCUCUUCAUGACCAUCAAACCGCGCUCGAGCGGCUACUCGCAACGCGUCACCGCCUCUUCUGCUUCGGCGUAUUCGUCCGCUGCUACUUCUUCGUUUGGAAAGGACGCGUGGAACACAACGAUCCACCCAAUCUCCUACCUCAUGGAAUCCCAUCUGACCCGCUUCGAAGACCUCGUCAACAGACAAACAAACACAUACCCGGAAGCAGUCAAGGAAUACAAGCGCCGUCACAACCUCAACCCGCCCCCGAACUUUGACAAAUGGUACGCGUACGCAACCGAGCACAAGGCCGUCGUCUUUGACGAGUUUGAUUCCAUCUCCGACUCCCUCAAACCGUUCUGGGGUCUCGAGCCGUCCAAGAUCCGCGAAAACGUCCGCGACGCGCUGAGUAACCCUGAAAGCCACUUGCUCGGCGUGCACAUCCGCGGCGGCCAGAUCGCAAACCUGACAGGGUUCACGAACGGCCAGUGGUUCGAGGCCGCGAUCGAGACCAUGAUUGGCGAGUUUGUGCAGUAUCUGCCGGAUAUGGACGUUGCUUUCAACAUGCUCGAUUCUCCGCGCGUAAUCAUCCCGCAAUCGGACCUUACCGUGCUCAACAGCGCGGAGAAGAAAUCCGGUACGAAAAACGAGUUUACGAAACCACCGACCGGCGAAGACGACCUGGCCGAGCAGCCGCUUAUCGCGACCUAUCGCAGCUCUUUCGACUCCUUCGCCCACCAAUCGUCCUGGGGCCACGCAAAACUAUCCUGUCCCCCCGACGCGCCGGUCAAGCUCGGAAAACCGUCGGACGGAUUCAGCCAAUACGGUCUCUCGAUCGGGUUCCUGAAAAACCACUCGGCCGCGACCGACAUCUGUCUCGAGCCCGCGUACCAGCACCAGCACGGCAUCUUUGUCCGUCCCGAGACAUUCAACAUCAUCGCCGAACCGAUCCCGAUCUUCUCACAAAGCAAACUGUCUACUUUUGGCGACAUUCUCUACCCUUCUCCCUCGUACUUUGUCGAGCGCGCGAUGUACGACGAGACAGCGGACACGCCGUGGUCGGAAAAGAAGGAUGUAAUGUACUGGCGCGGAUCGUCGACGGGACUGCGCUCCCGCGAUGGGUCCUGGAGACUCGGUCAUCGGCAGCGGACGUUGGCGUAUUUCAACUCUGCGACUGAAAACUGCACGCUGCUAAUGGAUCUCGGUGACGCCGAGAAGAUCAACAAAGAGACCCCGCCGCUGACAACCCGCACUUCUCCCACUAGAGCAAAAAAGAUCACAAAGCGCUGGUCCUCGUUCCUCCGCCGCCGAGAACAAGUAGAUCCCGACACUGUCGCCGACGCAGUCGAUCCAGUGAGCUCCUCGAACCCAGCGCAAGACCUCGAACAAGUCGAGAACGCGGUCUCGCAACUGACCGAGGACGAACCAGAGCCCGAGGCCGAAGCCGAACUGACCUCUGGCGGCGCACCCGCGCAAGCCAGCAGCGCCGCCGCCGCCGCCAGCGACGAGUUCUCGUCUGAGGAAGAAGAAGCCAUGCUCGAAGUCGCGCGUCCGCACGCAGAAAUCGAGGAAGCCGAUAAACACCAUUUCCUUGAGGUCGGCAAGAAGCAAGAUGAAGAGCGCGAGCAGCAGCAGCGGGACUCGAUGUUUGUCGAGCAAUCUGUGUCAAAGCAGGUUUUCAUCGACCACAUCAGCGCUCAAUUUUCUUCCUUCACGCAGUGCAACGAGGCAGACUGUCGCGAGCAAGAGGCGUUCUUCGGCAAACCGGCGCCGUACGCUGGGUUUCAGGAAACGUGGCAGUACAAGUACCUGCUCGACAUGGACGGCAACUCGUUCUCCACCCGCUUCUACGCCUUCCUCCGCAGCCGCUCGGCCGUCGUCAAGCAGACUUUAUUCCGCGAAUGGCACGAGGACAGAUUGAUACCGUGGGUGCACUACGUCCCGCUCUCGCUCGACUUGAAAGAAGGGUUCGAGAUCCUGCGGUUCUUGCUCGAUAACGACGUGUCCGGGAAGUUCAUCGCCGACUCUGGUCGGCGGUGGUCGAAGCGGACGAUGAGGAAGGAGGAUAUGCAGAUUUAUUUCUUUCGGCUGAUGCUGGAGUAUGGUCGAUUGAUUGACGAUAAUCGGGAUACAAUCGGCUGUCUCUAAGCUCUUUUUUGUAGUUCACGUUUGGUAUACCCUUUUUUGUAACUUUUUUGUAACUUUUCUGUAACUUUUUGUCAUUGUUUUGUCAUUCUGUAUUGUUUUGUAACAUUUCUCGUAACAUCCUCA